AUAAAAGAGCGAGUAAAAAAAACAAAAAACUAUACCAUCUUUUUGAGAAGUAGUUGCGCGGAGACGUCGUAUACCUUGGUUUUGUUUUGGAUCCAUAAAACCAAUAUCAUGAGUGUUUUGCGUUUUCUUUUAUUCUUCGCUUUGAUUUUACUUAUUUCAGAAUCACGUGCACGCAAACGUGUUCGUGAUAUGAUGCCAUCUGGGGCCCGGAUGGGUUCUGGGAAGCAUGCCCGGUUACAGGGCUGGUCUUUGGACACCAAUGGUUGGAAUGAGGGGCUCUACCCUUCCAUUAACCACAGAAGGGGCAAGGGGAAAAUUGUUGCACAUUUGACCAGUGACAGUCCUGCUUUGGUAGGAUCAAAUAUUACAUUUACUGCAAGACUCGAAUUUCCUAAAUGCCAGAAGGAAGAUGAAAAUGGAGAUCUAGUGUAUGAGAAACAUUGCAUAGAUGAUGCUUCGGUUCGCCCAGGUGAGGACAUGUACAACUGGACUUCAUGGAUUGAUGACUAUGGCUUUGGAAACUGCACCGACAAGUCAAACUGCAACGUGUUUCCAGACGGGAAGCCCUUUCCGCAGCGCUCAGACUGGAGGAGGAACAACUAUGUUUAUGUGUGGCAUACCAUGGGUCAGUACUACCAGAAGAAUGAUCGCUCUGUUUCAAGUAUCUCGCUCAACACAACCAACAUCACCCUUGGUGCACAGCUUAUGGAGUUGUCUGUUUAUCGCAAAAGUAAUCGCAGGAAGUAUAGUCCUGCAGCAACUGCAAGUGGCAUCUAUUUUGUUACAGAUCAGAUUCCUUUCAUCGUCAACAUCUCUCAGAAAAAUGCCCAAAACGCCUCUGACAAUGUCUUCAUCAAGGACUCGGACAUUGUUUUUAAUGUCAAAAUCCACGACCCCAGCAACUACCUGAAGAAGGCGGAAGUGUCCUACAAAUGGGAUUUCAGUGAUGGCAACAAACUUACUACUCGCAGCUCAAUCGCUACCCAUGCCUACAGCCAGCUGGUGAACUACACUGUGAAACUUACCAUUGAAGCAAUCUUCAAAGUGCCCUGUGGACCUGCUACCCCAACACCCAUGUCUCUGACAUCUGUUACUUCGGAUCCAACGACAGUUGCACCGUCCUCCCCUACAGCAGAUUCUGCUACCACAGUCGCCCAGACAACUGCGCCCCCUACCACUGAUGCCGACACCCAGACAACUGCGCCCCCUACCACUGAUGCCGACACCCAGACAACUGCGCCCCCUACCACUGAUGCCGACACCCGGACAACUGCACCCCCUACCACUGAUGCCGACACCCGGACAACUGCACCCCCUACCACCAGUGCAGCCUCUACUACCGUGAUUUUCAACAGCACCACCUCCACUGCUGCCUCCACCACUGAACCACGCCUGCUCCAGAGGCGACGUCGGAGUCCAGAAUGCAAGCUCUACAGAUAUGGAAGCUUCAUAGCUAACCUCAGUAUUGUAGCUGGGAUCGUUGCAGUGGAGAGUGUCAGAACUACCAACAUUGUUAAGGUUUCUACUGCAUCUGUAACCGACGUCACCGUGGAUUUUUUGGUGAAAUGUAGUGGCAGUAUCCCCACAUCUGCUUGCACCAUAAUAUUGGACUCUACAUGCAAAGUAACAAAGAACAUAAUUUGUGACAAAGUUCCUGCUGCUGACCAGUGCCAGCUGACCCUCCAGAGAGCCUUCAAUCAGUCAGGGAUAUUCUGUGUGAACAUUACCCUGAGCGACUCUGCCAGUCUAGCCCUAGCCAGUACACUUGUGACUAUUGGACAAGAGUCUAAAUACACUGUGGUCAAAGAGGCUUCACUCGUAGCUGGUGCCGUCCUGAUGGUUCUUAUUGCAGUAGCAGCUCUUCUCUACAAACGCUACAAGGUAUACAAGCCUGUGAACAGACAUCCAGGUGAUGGCAGUGUUGAAGGAGUAACAAUCUACUUCAGUCGGCUGAAGAUGGCCAUGUUCCCUUGGAAUGAGGAGAGGAACCCACUGCUGCAGGGCAAAACUGCUGAGUUAUAGACUAGUGUCGACCCUACCUGUUAACCAAUUUCGCUUCUACAGCUUUUUGAGAUGUCUUAUCGACAUACUUAUGAAUCCUUAAUUGAUAUUAAAGUCUUUAAGCAAUGAAAUCAAAUACUCUUGUAUUAUAACAUGUUUUUAUACUAUAGUGUGUAAAAGGGCUUGUCCUUUCCUAACUUUUACUAUACAAUUGAUUUAAAUGUAGCUCCAUAAACAUUUGCUCAUUCUGCUCCUUUUAUUGGUCAGCAAUAUGUUCCACCCAUUGAAAAAUACUGAUAAUAGGGAUGCAUCAAAUGUGGAUUUGUGUUUUGAGAGAAGCCACCAAGGAAGUGAUCAGACGAGUGUUUUUUAAAAAAAAAAAAGUUUCUGUGUAAUAUUAUGAAAACCAUUGAUUUUGGUGUUAUGGGAAAAACAUUUACUUGAUAGCACAUGGAGUCAGAGGGAAGAUCCAUAGCUGGUACUAGACAAAUGUCAUCUUCUGCACAAUUAGGAGUAACAUCUUAAGUGCGUUAGACUGUUUCACCAAAGCAUUGGUAACAUUAUAUCUGUUUUUCCUUUUACAAUUAUUUGAUGGAAACAAUGCCCAUUUAGUUCCACUUUAUCCUAAUAAGUAGAACUGCAUGUUUUGACACGUUCUAGACUGCAAUGUCCACUUAGCCCUAGAUGAUCUGAACCUUGGUACUGGCCUGACUAACACUGAGGCUUGGAAUACUGUGCAAAGUAAAUACACACAUCUGCAAUUCCCCUCCCCUUGUACACCUGCCUUCCCAUAGGGUGUUUAUCUUGGCUUUAACUGUACAUUCCCCAAAGUCAGGCUGCUACUCUCUACAGGAAUGUACAUAACCACCAUGCUUCAUACUGCCACAUUUUGCUUCAAACAGUCUGUUUAGCCCCUUGUAUAUUCCAAAGCAAAUCUAAUCCCUCUCCUAAGCAUCAAAAGAAACUUAUCACUAUUAUAACACUUUUUUUUUUUUUUUAAAUAUAUAAAUGGUGGACAUUGACUAAAUGUUUUUGGUU